AUGGUGAUAUCUUGUAACAUAAAAUUAUUGGUUUUUUUACUUAUUCUCGGAAUCAUUAUACCUUGUCCUGUUAAAUGUUAUAGUGCCAGAUUUUUUAAUGAUGAUGAUGGUGCUUAUAAAAGAUAUUUAAUGAAAUAUUAUUCUUCAAAUUUUAAUUUACCAAUUGCUUAUCAAUAUUAUUAUGACUCCAAAAAUAAUGACAAUUUUCCGAUUUCCGAGUUUUUAGUAAAAAAUACUGGAGAAACUAAUAAAUUUGAAGGUGAAUUUGAAGAGAAUGAAGUAACUAGUGAACCAUUUGAAUCAGAAACUACAAAAAGAUCUUUAUUAGGAAAUAAAAGAAAUAAUAGUUUAAAAUUAAAACUAUUAAAUCAAGGAGCAAGAGGAUUUGGAAGAAAGUGA